AUGGCUCGUGCGCUUGUCAUGGCGGUGGCUGCCGUGGCCGUGUUUGUCCUGGUCACUCCCGCCCUCGCGGCCCGUGACCUCAAGGCCGUCUCGCCUGCCGUGGGCGCCGUGACUGGCGCGGUCAGCGGCCUGCUCGCGGGCGGCAUCCUCCCGAGCGGCAACCUGCCUUUCCUGGGCGGCGCGACUGGCGCCGUCACCAACCUGCCUGUCCUGGGCAGCGCGACUGGCGCCGUCAGCGGCCUGCUCGCCAUUCCCCGCGAACUCUCCGUGCCCACCAUUCCCAACCUGAUCGCGCCCUCCAUACUGCCCUUCCUGCCCACCAUUCCCGACCUUGAUGGCCCGAAAAGCCUGCCCACCCUGUCGCUGCCAACUGGCCCUGUUGUUGGCGCUGUGCAGAGCAUCCCCAUUGCGGGCGGGCUUAUCGGGUAG